AUUCACUGCAUAUUGGGUUUUUAAGUUUUACUAAUAAACAACUAAUGUUGAACCCAAAUUGUGGAAAGGUCAAACAAGGAAAAAAAUUGCAAAACACUAUGUCUUUAUUUGCAUCCUAGCAAAUGAGAAUUCAGCUUUCACUUCAACAUCAGUUAUGAAUCCAGCCAGUGGCAGGGACACACACUGUUUGAAUGGGAGUCCAUGGAAAACAAUAUUUUCCAUAAAGAUAGCAUUGAACUUUUCUAUUAGCAUACCCUGAAGCUUUCCUGCUUGGCGUUGGUUGCAGAAUUGAAACCAGAAAUUCACUGCAAAUUCAGAAAACAACUGCACAUUGAAUUUAAGGUCAGAAUAUUAAAGGAAUCACGACCAGUGAUAUUAGACUUGGAUUUCUUUUUCUUUUUUAGACAUCAUGGCUUUACUACCAGCCAUUCUUUCCAGCCUAUUCACAAUACAAUUUGUUUUAGGAUAUUUUGCCAAUGGCUUCAUAGCACUGGUGAACUGCAUUGACUGGAUCAAAGGACAAAAGAUCUCCUGCGCUGAUGGAAUUCUCACUGCUCUGGCAGUUUCCAGAAUUGCUUUGCUCUGUGUAUUAGUAAUAAAUUGGUAUGCAACUGUAUUUAAUCUAGCAUUCUAUAGUUUAGAAGUAAGACAUAUUGUUCAUAUUUUUCAUGUAGUAAGCCACCAUUUUAGCCUGUGGCUUGCUACUAGCCUUAGCAUAUUUUAUUUGCUCAAGAUAGCAAAUUUCUCCAGCCUAUUUUUUCUUCACCUAAAAUGGAGAGCUAAAAGAGUGGUUCUCAUGAUACUGUUGGGGACUUUGGUCCUCUUGGUUUGUCAUCUUAUAGUGCUAAGCAUGGAUGAAAAAAUGCAGGUGAAUGAAUCUAAAGGAAACAUCACUUGGGAGACUAACUUGGGAGACAUUAUGCACCUUUCAAGCCAUUCUUUAUUCAUGCUUGCAAACUUCAUACCCUUUACUGUGUCCCUGACAGCUGUUCUGCUGUUAAUCUUUUCCAUGUGGAAACAUCUGAAGAACAUGCAGCUCAGUGGCAAAGGAACUCAAGAUCCCAGCACCGAGGUCCACUUAAGAGCCAUGCAAACUGUGAUCUCCUUUCUCUUGACAUUUGUCAUUUACCUCUUCGCUCAAAUCAUCUCACUUUGGAAUUCGAGUACUCAGCGGAACAAUUCGCUUCGCAUGCUUUGCAAGGUUCUUGGAAUCCUGUAUCCGUCAAGCCACUCAUUUAUUCUGAUUUGGGGGAAUAAGAAGCUGAGACAGGCCUUUCUGUCAUUUCUGUGGCAGUUGAGGUGCUGGUUGAGGAAAGGGAUAAGUGGCACCUUGUGUCUUCUGGCAGAAAACAAACUGAUGGAGUCCAUAACAUUUGUACUUCCUACUACAUUUCUUAAUGUGUAUAGAAUUGGGUAAGUUACACCUAGAAAAACUUCUACUUAAGUUUAUCACAAAAAUAUAUAUGUGUGUGCAUGUUUAUGACAAAAAAAAAAGAGCAUAAGAUUACCUUUUUUUUUUUCAGGUAAGCAAUUUAAUUUUACAAAGUAGUGUAAGAAAUUCUUCAGAAUCAUGAAGUCAUGUAUUUCACAUACAUAUUCUAUGUUAUCCUCUUGAAACUGAAGAAUUUGUGGUCUACAUUUAUGCAUAUUUAAGGACUGACAACCCAUCUCAGGAAAUCAUUGCUACUUUCCAUUGUAGUUAGUAUCACACAUGUAGCACAGUGAAUAUAGACUUUGUUGUUUGACCCUCCAAUCCUUUGGAUGGUAAGGAUAUUCAAUUCUAAGUCACACACUGAGAAUAGAUGCUUGGCAUAGAUAUUCCAUCAUGAAUUCUUACUUCAUGGUUAAUAGAAAGUAAUUAGAACUGUUAGGAAAAAUGCACAUAAUGAAAUGAAAGAGUGACAAACAUUUAGAAUGUAUUAUACAUACACGUACCAUAAACAGUACUACGAUUAUUAUAUUUAAUACAAUAGGCUCCUUGAGUGUGGCUCUUCCACAAAAUACCACAUGCGGGUGCACAUAUACAGUGCAAUUGAAACUUCGUGGCCCAUGCGCAGAAGUCGGUUUUCAGCCUGGACGAGUCUAUUUUGAGGAAGUGGCGUUGGAAGAAGUAGGGGUACGUUCGCUGAGGUCGACCCCUCCGAUUGAGGACGUUUUUAGCAAAGGCCAGCUUAGGAGUACCCUAAUUAAGUUAAUAACAAUGUACCUACCUAUAUAGCUUAAGUUUAAAAUAUUUGCUCUCAAAAGAAAUUUCAAUCGUUGUACUGUUGAUAUUUGGCUCUGUUGACGGAUGAGUUUGCCGACCACUGCACUAUACAACCUUGGAAAUCACAGAAGCUCCAUGAGGAAAGGGUCUAUUUUGUUGUUGACCACUGAUCUAUUUCCAAUUCCUAGAACAGGUGGGCUUGGCAAAUAGUAGGCCCUCAAUAACUUUGUGAAAGGAAUGAGUGCUAAUGUAGUUGGUAAUCCUAUUGGGAACACAGGAAAAGAGAAAAUAAGACUUGACUGUGAAACUAGUAAAAAAAAGCAAGAAAAGAAAGUAACUCCUUAAAACUAGAGGAAAUUUUACAACCGAUGUACGAACUCAUGAAAGAGUUCUAUGCUAACACUGAAAUGCCCAACACUGCACUCUAGCCUUUGUGGUUCUAACCAGAAGUCAUACAAAAACUGAAAACUUGUAGCUCUAGCACCCAGGAUGUGGGGGCCUUUGUGGGGACUUUAUUUUUCAUGAAAGAGAGCUACUUCCAGCCCAGGGAAUUGUAGGUGGGAAGGAAACUCUAGGUUUCGUGGCAGUGGGGCAAUAGUCCCCAGAGGUCUCUGAUAUUUUCAGAAAUUCUCUGACGUGAUAUAAAAGGCUACCAGAGAAGAGGACUCCAUUGGUAGGCAUGGUUUAGCAGUUGACAAAAGCCAGAUAGCAACAAGUCAGCCAGGAGAUGCUUUAGUCAUAAAAGAAUACUUGAUUUCAUAGUUACACUGAAGGAGAAACUUAAUCUAAAGGAUAUAAUGAAAAAUUAUAAGAAAUCACAAGCCCCAUAUGCUAUGAGUUGAAUUUUAAGUCCAAGCUAAUAAUCACAUUUUUUUAAAUGUGCAUUAAAUAUAGAUCUGUCUCAACUCCUGGGUUGAACUGCCUCGACAUGCUUCAUUCUUAAAAUGGUUGUGUUUUAUAUUUAUCAUGAUAAAGGUGUUAUUUUAUGUAUAAACCAGAGGCCUGGUGCACAAAUUCAUACACGGGUG